AGGCGGAACAGCGCCAAAGUCGCGCGACCGGUGAUGCGCUCGUUCAAUUCGAGCAACGCGAACUGCACAGUUAUUAGCGCUACUAGCCGUCGAGUAGCUGUUGAAGAGGAACAUGUCGGGAAGAAGUCAGACAUUGGGUGGAACAGUGAGCGUUCGUGUAGCCGGCAGAACGUUUGAAGUUGACCUGGAGCUUCUGAAGAAGCACAGCUGCUACUUCGCAAAAUGCUUCCACAAGCUCCCCCAAGAAGCGUUGAAAAUACCGCUGGAGCUCCAAGACGUCAAGCCCGAGGUGUUCGAAGCACUGGUGCUUUUCAUGGAGACCGGGUUUCUGGACGCGGACCCGUUCACGGCCUUGGAUAUCUACGAAGCGUCCAUGCUGCUCGGAGUCCAUCGAGCCAUCAAGGAGAUUAAGAGG